AUGGCCAAGAAGACGGUAGAAAAGACAAGAAUGAAAUCAAAUAAAUGGAAAAAUGAAAAUGUGAAUGUUCGUCGAUCUACACGAGCCUCAGAGAUAAAGCCCAGUGCAGAUGGAUUCCGGUCUUCACUCCCAAGUAAACGGACUUCUCCACGGUCCAUCAAAACUGUUCUUCCCCCCAAGGAAAAAUCAGGGUCCAAGGAUUCAGCAAAGAAGAAAGAGAAAAAGAAAAAAUUGCCAAUGACUCCAACGUCCCAACAGUCUUCCCACACAAAUAUAAAUUUGGCAACUCCUCCAAAUAACAGUCGUAACAAUAGUUGCGUGUCUGUGAACAGUCCAACUUCAAAACACAACAAACCAGUAAAGAAAGCUUAUGUUGUGUUUGUGGGCAAUUUGCCUUAUGCGGUCACUAAGGAACAGCUUGAAGAACAUUUCAGAAAAACUGGAGGAGUAAAAAAAAUUCGAAUUCCUAAAGAGAAAGGCACAGACAGAGGCAGGGGUUUUGCUUAUAUUGAAUUCAAAGACAGAAUCAGCCACAAGAUUGGCUUACGUUUACACCAUACCCACUUGGGCGGACGACAAAUCAAUGUAGAAUUCACAUCGAUUGGUGGAAAAAAUCCCAAAAGGCUGGAAAAAUUAAAACAGAAGAAUUUGAAAUUGAAAAAUAUGAGAAAGGAUUUUUGUCCAUCCUGA